CCCAACUUCUUACCUGUAAUGUGAAAGCAAGAAAUAGGGAAUUACACAUUACUUGACUAGAGUUUACUAAUAUUUUAAAGGGAAAUAUUAGUAUUUCCACAUUACUUGACUAGAGUUUACUAAUAUCUUAAAGGGAAAAUGAAAUUAAAUUAAUAUCUGAAUACAAAAUGAAUUUCUAGUUUUUCUAUAGGAAAAAUAUGGCCAAAAGAAAUUUUCUUCAUGUAUUCUACAGGCAGAUUUUAGUCUAAAUUGGCAUCCACUUCUCACUAUAUGAUAGUCACAUAAAUAUUGUAUUCUUCCAAAAGAGAGCUUAAAAAGAGCCAGAAAUUUCAACAACUGCAUUUUUUUCUAGCAAAUUUCCAGAUAUUCAUAUUUUACCAACUCAAGAAUCUCUGUUUCAUUGCAGAGUCCUUUAAAUGUAUGAUGUCCAUUAUUAAUACAUCGGAUGUUGAAAUCACCACCUUCUUCUUGGUUGGGAUGCCAGGGCUGGAAUAUGCACACAUCUGGAUCUCUAUCCCCAUAUGUAGCAUGUAUAUUUUUGCUAUUCUGGGAAACUGCACCAUCCUUUUGGUCAUCAAGACAGAGCCCUCUUUGCAUGAGCCCAUGUACUACUUCCUUUCCAUGUUAGCCAUGUCUGACAUGGGCCUGUCCUUCUCUUCUCUACCCACCAUGUGGAGGAUCUUCUUAUUCAAUGCCCCUGAAAUUUCUGCCAAUGCCUGCUUUGCCCAAGAAUUCUUCAUCCAUGGAUUUGCAGCAGUGGAAUCUUCAGUGCUCUUGAUCAUGUCGUUUGACCGCUUCCUAGCCAUCCACAGCCCUCUGAGAUACAGAUCCAUUCUUACUCCUAUCAGAGUUGUCAAAAUAGGAAUAGUGAUAUCCCUUAAGAGUGUCCUCCUAGUGCUACCCUUCCCCUUCACUUUGAGGAGUUUGAAAUAUUGUAAUAAAAGCCAAUUAUCCCAUUCCUACUGUCUCCACCAGGAUGUCAUGAAGUUGGCCUGCUCUGACAACCGAAUUGAUGUCAUAUAUGGCUUUUUUGGAGUACUGUGGGUUAUGGUAGACUUUAUGCUUAUUGCUGUGUCUUACUUCCUGAUCCUCAAGACUGUGCUGGGAAUUGCAUCCCGAAAGGAGCAGCUCAAGGCCCUCAAUACUUGUGUUUCACACAUCUGUGCAGUGAUCAUCUUCUAUCUGCCCAUCAUUAACCUUUCCAUUGUCCAUCGGUUUGUCCGACAUGUCUCCCCUCUCUUCAAUGUUCUCAUGGCAAAUGUUCUUUUACUUGUGCCUCCAAUGAUGAAUCCCAUUGUGUACUGUGUGAAAACGAGACAAAUUAGAGUAAGAGUUGUAGCAAAAUUAUGUCAGAAGCAGAUGUAACAAUCAGACAAUGUAGGAUGCAUACUGGGGAAAUUUCUUAUAUAAGAGAUCAAGGUCAGUUUGUGAAAAAGCUAAUAUUUGCCACAAAUAAUCAUCAAUACACUUUUCUUGUUUUAUCAGCAGAUUUAUUUUAUUCAAACAGGAUACUGAACACGAACAUAAAACAGGAAACAAGAAGUAUAUCCUGGGACUCUAUCCCAGUUAACACAAUAAUAAUAGAAACCUUAUGAUGUCACCUCUGAUAAAAACAACAAAUUUCAAUCAAUAUAGUGAAAUGGUAGUGUCUGUCUACCAGGAGUGUACUCCUCGUCCCUGCGUUCAAUCUAUUUAUACUAAGUUCUUAGUUCUUUCGAUUCUAGCCUCAAAUUAUGUCUUAAUUUUCUCACCUCAUUGUUUUACUCAUCCAAGCACCUCACUAGCAUCUCUUUAGUAAAAUACUGCAAGAAACUAUUUAGUUUCUAAAUGUUUACUUUUGCUGCUUUCUAACUGAUCAUCUG